AUGAGCCUAAACGGCCAAGGUGGAACACCCAAGACCGGGCAGGAUGACACUGGGCAGCCCGUCUUCAAGGAGUUACAAUUAACUCCAGCUCCAAUCAAGGAACCGAUCUCUAAAAACUCACCAUUCUUGAUUCAUACAAAGAACAAGCUUGCCGAGCCUGUCAUCGCUGCAUUCAUGGCCGGUGGUGUGGCCGGCGCCGUCUCUCGCACCAUUGUAUCGCCCUUAGAACGGUUGAAAAUCUUGCUUCAGAUUCAAAGCGUGGGUCGAGAAGAGUACAAACUCUCCAUUUGGCAGGGAUUGAAGAAGAUGGGUCGAGAAGAAGGUUGGCGAGGAUUCAUGCGUGGAAAUGGGACCAAUUGCAUUCGCAUCAUUCCCUACUCUGCAGUUCAAUUUGGCAGUUACAAUUUCUACAAGCAAUUUGUCGAAUCUCCCGAGGGCGAGAUGUCUCCGGCUCGUCGUCUGUUAUGCGGUGCAGUUGCAGGUAUUACAUCUGUGACCUUCACAUAUCCUUUAGAUAUCGUUCGCACACGGCUCUCGAUUCAGUCUGCCUCAUUUGCAGAUCUUGGUUCUCGAGACCCUACUCAAAAAUUGCCGGGCAUGUUCGGCACAAUGGUGACAAUAUACAAGAACGAAGGUGGUAUGAUAGCCCUCUACCGAGGAAUUGUUCCUACAGUUGCUGGAGUCGCGCCUUAUGUGGGGUUGAAUUUCAUGACCUACGAAUCUGUUCGCACCUACUUAACACCAGAUGGAGAUAAGAAUCCAAGUGCGUGGCGCAAGCUGCUCGCGGGUGCAAUUUCUGGCGCGGUGGCUCAGACAUGCACAUACCCCUUUGACGUUUUGCGACGACGUUUCCAGAUCAACACCAUGACAGGAAUGGGUUAUCAGUACAAAUCGAUUUGGGAUGCCGUGCGAGUCAUUGUGGCCGAGGAAGGCAUGCGAGGGCUUUUCAAAGGAAUUGGACCAAAUCUAUUGAAGGUUGCACCUAGCAUGGCCAGUAGCUGGCUUAGCUUUGAACUUACCAGAGAUUUCCUCAUCAGCAUCGGUGAUAAAGAAUAG